AGCCCGGGGGCGGGACUUCCGGCGGAGGUCAAGAUGGCGGAGCUGGACCUGCUGGGCUCCAUCCUGAGCUCCAUGGAGCCCCCGCCCGCCAUGGGCGACCGCGAGGCCCGCCGCGCCAGGGAGCAAACAGCCCAGCUGAAGAAGCUGCAGGAACAGGAGAAGCGGCAGAAGGUCGAGUUUCGGAAGCGGAUGGAGAAGGAGGUGUCUGGCUUCAUUCAGGACAGCAGCCAAACCAAGAAGAAGUUCCAGCCCAUGAACAAGGUUGAGCGCAGCAUCUUGCACGAUGUGGUGGAAGUGGCUGGACUCACCUCCUUCUCUUUCGGUGAGGAUGAGGAUUCGCGCUACGUCAUGAUUUUUAAGAAGGAAUUUGCCCCGUCCGAUGAAGAGCUGGAGACCUACCGCCGAGGGGAGGAGUGGGAUCCCCAGCAGGCCCGGGAGAAGCGCCGGCUGAAGGAGCUGGCUCAGAAGCAGGCAGAGGAGGCGGCCCUGCGGGGGCCCAGAGUGGUGAGCCCCAACAGCGACUACAAGGACAAGUACAGCCACCUCAUAGGCAAGGAGGCUGCCAAGGAUGCUGCCCAUGCCAUGGAGGCCAACAAGGCAUACGGCUGUGUUCCUGCAGCCAACAAGAGGGACACGCGUUCCAUCGAGGAGGCCAUGAACGAGAUCCGGGCCAAGAAGCGCCUGCGCCGGGCGGAGGAGGAGAGCCAGGCCCCGCCUGCCAAGAGCUCUUAGGGCAGGGCAGAGGGUCUCUCCAGAGCUGCUGCUGCUAUUUGGGAGUCCUGUUUUGGGUGCUCCGGGGAGGAGGCGGCUCUGUGUCCCGUUCUCUUCCCUCCCCCCUCCCCCCCGAGUAUUCUGAACCCUGUCUGUCUCAGGCGGAGGGGGCCAGGGCUGCCCUCGGAGGGUUCGGGGACGGAGGUGAAGGUGGCAUCCUGUGCCUUCGGAGGACUUCAGGGAACCAGCUGUCUCCGCUCCUCUUUUGAAGCCCCCCUCCCUGACUGAAAACCUGCCCAGUCCCCCCCCCCCACCCCACCAAGGCCUGUUGAUGUGCAGCCCCCGCCCUGCCUGCUAGUGGGCUCUUUGCCCACCAGAGAGAGUUGCAGCCACUGCCGCUCUCCUGCCCGUGCUACCCAAUGGCCCUGGCGCCCUUCCACCGCUUUCUGUGGCCCCUGGCACCGUGAGCCGACAGCUCCCUCUCCCCACAGUGCAGCUCUGAAAGGGCUUAGUGGGGUUCAGAAGAGACUUUGGGGGGGUUACCAUGUGACUUGGCAGGCACUUCUCUGCUUCAGUCCCUUGCCAUGACUGGAAGGUUUUUAUUGAGCUGGCAUUUCCAGCAUCUCUUCCAAUGUGAAAUGGCUCCCCCCCCUCCCCCGUUCCUGGUUUUUGCAGGACUGCAAGUUCUGGCUUGGAGGGGUAGAGUUGGGGGGAGGGAGGAUUUGUAUGUGCAGCAUUAAAACCCGUUUUGGAUGCUA